GGCGGGAGUGCGCCCGCCAGGCUGCAGGGUGGGCCGGGAGCCCCAAGAGGCAAAAUGGUUAAAAAUGCGUGAAAUCGAGAUAUUGCAGUUCCUAUUCUAAUCUGUGCAACUGUGGAAAGUUAGUGCUGGGAAAGGACUUUCAAGAUGGUUGAUUCCCAUUCCUUAAUUUUACAGAGGAGAAAACAGACCCUCGAGAAGUAGCGUGGAUGUUGGAAAUUCACCUAGCUAGGCUUCACGCUUCUUGGCCUCUAAAGAAAAUGGCAGAAACGUCAUCAGAGCCUUCUGGGCAGCUCGUUGUACACUCAGACACUCACAGCGACACUGUUCUGGCCAGUUUUGAGGAUCAGCGGAAGAAAGGCUUUCUCUGUGACAUCACGUUAAUCGUGGAGAAUGUGCAUUUCCGGGCUCACAAAGCCUUACUCGCUGCCAGUAGUGAAUACUUCUCAAUGAUGUUUGCUGAAGAGGGGGAGAUCGGCCAGUCCAUUUACAUGCUGGAAGGCAUGGUUGCUGACACAUUUGGUAUCCUGCUGGAGUUCAUCUACACGGGUUGUCUCCAGGCCAGCGAGAAAAUCACAGAACAAAUUCUGGCCACUGCUCAGUUCUUAAAGGUCUAUGACCUGGUAAAGGCUUACACAGAUUUUCAGAAUAAUCACAGCUCCCCAAAGCCAACACCUCUGAACACCGUUGGCGCUCCGGUGGUGGUGAUUUCUAAUAAGAAAAAUGGUCCUCCGAAACGGAAGCGGGGGAGACCGAGAAAAGUCAACAGUGGGCAGGAGGGGAAAUCACAACUGGCUGCGGAGGAAGAAAUACAGCUGAGAGUAAACAAUUCAGUUCAAAAUAGACACAACUUUGUGGUGAAAGAGGCAGACGGUGGCACACUGAAUGAACAGAUUCCAGCGAAAGAUAUGGAAGAGCCCGAGCCUGCCUGUGAGCCGGGCAGAGGGGAGGAAAUGCCUGCUGAGAAAGACGAGAACUGUGAUCCCAAGACCCAGGAUGGGCAGGACAGCAAGAGUCGGUACAGCAAGCGGAGGAUUCAGAGGUCCGUCAAGCUUAAAGAUUACAAACUUGGCGGGGAUGAAGACGAGCAGAGUUCAGCCAAAAGGGUCUGUGGAAGGAGAAGGCGCCCGGGGGGCCCUGAGGCCUGUUGUAAGGACUGUGGCAAAGUGUUUAAAUACAAUCACUUUUUGGCAGUCCACCAGAGGAGCCACACGGGGGAGCGACCUUUCAAGUGUAAUGAGUGCGGAAAAGGCUUUGCCCAGAAGCACUCCCUGCAGGUCCACACCCGGAUGCACACAGGCGAGCGGCCCUACACCUGCACCGUGUGCAGCAAGGCUCUCACCACCAAGCACUCGCUGCUGGAGCACAUGAGCCUGCAUUCAGGACAGAAGUCUUUCACCUGUGAUCAGUGUGGAAAAUAUUUCAGCCAGAAAAGGCAACUAAAGAGCCAUUACCGAGUUCAUACAGGCCACUCAUUACCGGAAUGCAACCACUGCCAUCGCAAGUUCAUGGACGUGUCUCAGCUAAAGAAACAUCUACGAACACACACAGGUGAGAAGCCAUUUACUUGUGAAAUCUGUGGCAAAUCUUUCACAGCAAAGAGUUCUCUUCAGACCCACAUCAGAAUCCAUAGAGGAGAGAAGCCCUACUCCUGUGGCAUAUGUGGCAAGUCCUUCUCGGACUCCAGUGCCAAGAGGAGACACUGCAUUCUGCACACGGGCAAAAAGCCUUUCUCCUGCCCAGAGUGUAACCUGCAGUUCGCGCGCUUGGACAACCUGAAGGCUCACUUGAAAAUCCACAGCAAAGAGAAGCCCGCGUCAGAUGCCCCCGGCGGUCCUAACACUGAGGAGGUCAGGAAUAUUCUCCAGCUGCAGCCGUAUCAGCUCGCGGCCUCUGGAGAGCAGGAAAUCCAGCUUCUUGUCACCAAUUCUGUACACAAUAUCAACUUCAUGCCGGGCCCCAGCCAGGGAAUCAGCAUUGUCGCCGCCGAGGGCUCUCCGAACUUGGCGGCCGAGCAGGCUGCCGACCUGGCCCUGCUCACGCAGCCACCGCAGCCGCUGCAGAACUUCCUUCUCUCCGCCCCGCAGGAGCCCACGGAGCACAUGCAGGGCCUCAGCGUGAUCGAGAGCCCGCUGGAGCCCGCGCAGACCGAGCCGGUGCACGUAAUCACGCUCUCCAAGGAAACCCUGGAGCAUCUGCACGUCCAGCGCGGGCAGACGGCGGAGCUGCCCUUGGCAGGUGCGCCGGCCCCGCCCACCGCCCACGUGCCCGCUGCCCACGUGCCCCCGCCCUCCCCGCUGAGCCCGGAUGGGAGCUGACCUAACCUGGACGCGCCUUCCGUCCGUGGACCUCGGUCCGAGGACAGCAGGCUUUCUGAACCACUCCGAACGCAGCCUUCGGGUCCUGGGACCGCUCGCUGACAGUCCUCCCGCUUUCCACCCAGGCCCCAAGAUGUGCGUUUCGUGUCUUGUGUGCUGUCCUGAUCUGGAUUUAGCCUUCGAUGUUGAUGAACGGUCUUCAUUUUCCUCGACAUCUCUGAAAGUCGUGGGUAAUUUUGAUUUGGGGGCACUGAAUUAGACUCGAAGUCUUGAAUGUCCACGGCCACAGGUUAUAUGGUCUUGCUGACCUUUCCAAUUAGCUUUUCUAGAACAAAGGAAGCCCCGUACUGGUUGAAUGCGGUAGAAUGGUUUGUUCCACUUCUUUAUUUCUCGUAGGCAACACAGUUGCUUCUCUAAGGUAAGUCAGGGCUGAAUGCGACAGAUGACAACGCUGGAGAAUCUGUCCUACUAUCUUCUAAUUCCCUAAGACAGAGUCACUGUCAACAUAUAAUCUCUGUGUGGUACAGUGGGUUCUUUGUGUCAUAUUUAAGGGAGAUUCAAAGACAUAGAAACUGAAAGUCUGUUGUAACUCAAAAUGAAUAUAAUAAAUUCAAAAAAGUACAGG